UUUUUUUCAAUCCCUAUAGAGCCAGCAGAUGACUCUCUACCACAUCAAGGGCUAAUGAAUAGACCUGGACAUGCUAGAUGGCUCUUUCUACCGAUAUGACUUUGUCAGCCUACCUGAUGCUCACCUACUCUGCCAUUGCCACUACUGCACAUUGCACCCCCAUGACGUUGUUGCUACCAUACUACCACGGCGGACAAAGCACUGCGAUGAGCCUUAGGCGUGACCAAACCAAAGACAUGCGAAGCUGAGGUCAUAACAAGUUACGUCCCUCCUUUCACUCAGCUUAUAACAAUAUGAGGUUUCUUGGCACACUCCAUCACCUUCAACACUGCUAUCCUGUGCGGGCAGAUGUGCGCCAGACGCACUUUUUAACAAGCCUUUCAUCGCUCUCACAAGGCACAUUAAAAAAAAAUAGAAAUGAUUCAACGCUGCACCAAGACGAGCAAAUCGUAUCGUGUCCUUGAGGCUACGACGAAAGUUCCACUAGACCAGGCUCUUUCCGUCUAUGAGCUUCAGGGUCGACGUCCAGGCGUCCAGUACUCCUACAGCUGCGGUAGCGUACGUGCUGUUCUGGGUAACGUGGUAUCACAACGCUAACUGGUAAGUGGAAUGAAUAUCACGGUAGAGUGACGAAUAGUUGCCUGUUUCAGUAACAUGACUUCCGCCGUGAUAGAAGCAACAAUGAGGAGUACUUUAAAGCACGAGUUGGAGAUCAG